AUGACUGACUUCCACAAGGUGUUCAGCAUUUAUCACGAAAAUCUGACACAGACACAAUCUCAACAAACGUUUUCAGAAAUAAAACGAGCGAAUGCAAGCAUUAAUCAAGAUUAUAGUAAAGAUUUUGUUCGUAUUACAAUUAAAAUUCCUCAGAUGAAAACAAGUUUUAACUUACGAAAACUUCGGCGGGAACCAAAGAAUGGACUUCCCACGGAAACACAGUACCAUAGAAAUCGAAUUACUUUUGAAUUCAUAUUAAAUCACGGUAAAUCAAAUGAAUUAAAAUAUCAAUAUUCUAAUCGAGAAGUAUUUCGUGGUCCAAUUGAAUAUAAGAAGAGUUAUUUGAAAUAUCGAGACGAGUAUGUUUCAUGGUUUAUUCAUAAAACAGAAUCAUGGUAA